CUCGGUGAGGCGGCGGUCACGUGUUGUUUUGCUCUUUAGUUGGGGCACUCGGUGCGCGAUGUGUUACUUACGGCGAAACUCCCGCCGGCGCCGGCAGCAGCAGCGGCAGCAGCAGCGGUCGGGGAGCUUUAGCGGCGUCGCCGGUGCUCAAGCCGGGGAGGACGCCGGGCGGCCGCCGGCAGCACCCGCUGCCUAGAGGUGACAGCGGAGGAUCCCGCUGCGGCUCCGGGCACCGCGCUCUUCUACGAAGGAAUAACUUUAUUUUACCUGCUUCCCUCUAUCCUUUUUUUUUUUUUUUUUUUUUUUUUUUUUUUUUUUUUUUCUCCCCGCGGCGCUCGGGCUCCGGAUCCGCUCAGCGUCGGCGACAGCAGCGAGAGGAGCCGGGCGGCGCUCCCGCCGCGGGGCUGGGGAUGGCGAGCCCCGCUGUGCUGGGGCUGCUGCCCCCCCUGAGCUCCCCGCCCGGCCCCAACCUGAACAACAACAAUAACAACAACCAGGGCGUCAGGAAGUGCGGGUACCUGCGCAAGCAGAAGCACGGCCACAAGCGCUUCUUCGUGCUGCGCGGCCCGGGCGGCGGCGGGGAGGAGGCGGGGGGCGCCCGGCUGGAGUACUACGAGAGCGAGAAGAAAUGGAGGAACAAGUCCGGGGCGCCCAAGCGGGUGAUCGCCCUGGACUCCUGCCUCAACAUCAACAAGCGGGCGGACGCCAAGCACAAGUACCUCAUCGCCCUCUACACCAAGGACGAGUACUUCGCUGUGGCUGCCGAGAACGAGCAGGAGCAGGAGGGCUGGUACAGGGCUCUCACCGACCUGCUCAACGAGGGCAAGGCGGCCUGCCAAGGGUCCCCCUACCGCCACCUCGCCUCCCCCUUCUCCGCCUCCUGCGGCGCGGCCGCCGCCUCCCUGGCCGCCGCCGGCGAAGACCUUAACUACGGGCUGAUCACGCCCGCCACCGCUGCCUACCGAGAGGUCUGGCAGGUGACGCUGAAGCCCAAGGGCUUGGGGCAGAGUAAAAACCUCACCGGAGUCCACCGGCUCUGCCUCUCGGCCCGCACCAUUGGGUUCGUGCGCCUCAAUUGCGAGCUGCCCUCUGUCACGCUGCAGCUGAUGAACAUCCGCCGCUGCGGCCACUCCGACAGCUUCUUCUUCAUCGAGGUGGGGCGCUCGGCCGCCACCGGUCCCGGCGAGCUCUGGAUGCAAGCGGACGACUCGGUGGUGGCCCAGAACAUCCACGAGACCAUCCUGGAGGCCAUGAAGGCGCUGAAGGAGCUGUCCGAGUUCCGGCCCCGCAGCAAGAGCCAGUCCUCUUCCUCCUCUUCCUCCGGCGGGGCCGGCGGGCCCGGCGGCAGCGGCGCCUCCGCCACCCACCCCAUCACCGUGCCCGGUCGCCGGCACCACCACCUGGUCAACCUGCCUCCCAGCCAGACCGGCCUCCUCCGCCGUUCCCGCACCGACAGCCUCGCCGCCGGCGCCGGCACCAAGUGCACGCCGUGCCGGGUGAGAACGGCCAGCGAGGGCGACGGCUGCCGGGUGGGCUCUGCGGCCGGCAGCCCCAUGAGCCCGGGCCCCGUGCGGACCCCCUUGAGCCGCUCGCACACGCUCAGCGGCGGCGGGGGGCGGCAGGCGGGGAAGCUGCUCCCGGUUCUGGCCGGCGGUGGCGGGCUGCAGAGCAGCCGUUCCAUGUCCAUGCCCGCCUCCCACUCGCCCCCCUCCGCCACCAGCCCCAUCAGCCUCUCCUCCAGUAGCGGCCUCGGCUCCGAGACUGCCCAUCCGCAUCACCCGCAGCGCCCGUCCAGCGGCAGCGCCUCCGUGUCCGGCUCCCCCAGCGACGCCGGCUUUAUGUCCUUCGAUGAGUACGGCUCCAGCCCAGGCGGCGACCUCCGGCCCUUCUCCUCCUCCUCCACUGCCAGCAAUCGCAGCAACACCCCCGAGUCGGUGGCCGAGACUCCCCCGGUGCGGGACCCGGGGGGCGGCACCGACCUCUACGGCUACAUGGCGAUGGAGCGGCCUCCGAGUGGCCGCCUCUGCUACCGGCCCUGUCCCGACGCUGCCAGCGACAGGUGCCAUCGGAAGCGGACCUACUCCCUGACCACGCCGUGCCGGCAGCGACCCGCCGCGCCGCAGGUUUCCUCCGCCUCCCUUGACGAGUACACGCUGAUGCGCGCCACUUUCGCCGGCAGCGCCGGCCGCCUCUUCCCCUCCUGCCAAGCCGGGGCUUCCCCCAAAGUGACCUACACCCCCUACCCCGAGGACUACGGGGACAUCGAGAUCGGUUCUCACCGCAGCUCCGGCAGCAGCAGCACCAAUCUGGGCCCGCCGGCAGUGGGGGGAGGAGGGGGAGAUGAUGACGGCUACAUGCCCAUGACCCCCGGUGUGGCCGCAUCCUUAGGGCAGGGAAGCCGGGGCAGCGAUGAUUACAUGCCCAUGAGCCCCACCAGCGUGUCUGCCCCCAAGCAGAUCCUGCAGCCUCGGGCAGGGGUGGGUAGUGGGUCCCCGGGGAACGGGAGCAGCUACAAGACCAGCUCGCCUGGGGAGAGCUCCCCUGACGAUAGCGGGUACAUGCGGAUGUGGUGCGGCUCCAAGCUGUCAGUGGAGAGCUCAGAUGGAAGGCUGAGUAACGGCGACUAUAUCAAUAUGUCCCCUCGAGACCCCCAGAACGGGCCCCACGCUCCCUCCCUCACCCCCCCAGACUUCUUUUUUGCCCCUUCAGGGCACGGGUCCAGUGAGCCCACAAAGCCCAGCUGCUAUUCAUACAGCUCCUUACCCCGCUCCUACAAGAGCCAGGGCUUGGCAAAGGACAGUGACCAGUAUGUGUUCAUGAACUCCCCGGGGAGGAUGAUCCCGGAGGAGGCGGUGUGUGGAGCGAGCCAGCUGCCUGCAGGCACCUUCGCCCCCUCCAGCCACACGGUGCCUUCGCCCCUGCGGCACAGCCGGACCGAGAGCUUCCUUAGCCAGCGGUGCCAGCGGGUGGCCCGGCCCAGCCGCCUUUCUUUGGAGACCUUGCGGACGAUGCUGCCCAGCAUGAACGAGCACCCUCUGCCGCCUGAGCCCAAGAGCCCUGGUGAAUACAUCAACAUUGACUUUGGGGAUGCUGCUGUGUAUUCUCCGCCCUCGCUGCCUGCUGACAGCCCAGCCUCCUCCCUGGGCUCAGGCACGGGGCAGAGGCGCUCCCCUCUCUCCGACUACAUGAACAUUGACUUCGGGUCACAGUCACCCUCCCAGUCGGGCACGGUCUCAGUGGGCUCCUUGGAAGCUCUCUCUCCGGGUUCUUCCUCCAGCACCAGCCAGCCCAAUGGGUGCUACCUGAAGGCGGCUGUGGGGGUUGCUUGUUCGUCCAGCCCAUCGGAUGGCGGUGAUUACACCGAGAUGACCUUUGGCAUGCCCACUACCCCACCUCAACCCAUCGUUCAGAAACCAGAAAGUGCCCGGGUCACCAGCCCCACAUCUGGCUUGAAGAGGCUCACCCUUUCUGGGGUGGAGGCUUUCAUUCUCUCCAGCCCUCCCCCAGACCCGAAUCGGGGGGCCAAAGUAAUCCGGGCAGAUCCCCAGGGGCGGAGGAGGCACAGCUCAGAAACUUUCUCCUCCACCACCACUGUGACCCCAGUGUCCCCCUCCUUCGCACACAACCCCAAACGACACAACUCGGCCUCGGUGGAGAACGUGUCCCUCAGGAAAAGCGAAGGCCUGGAGGAGGAGCAGGGUAGCAGUCCCAUGUGCCGGGAGACCUCGGCUGGCUUCCAGAAUGGCCUCAACUACAUCGCCAUUGAUGUAGUGGAUGGGUCCCUGGCAAACUGUGACAAAUCCAGGUUGAAAGCUAGGCACCUCCUGAAUGGGGGCAUCAAUGGAGUAGAGAUGAGCACCUAUGCCAGCAUAGACUUCCUGUCUCACAACCUGAAAGAAGCCAGUGCUGUGAAAGGAGGUACAGGAAGAUGGAAAAGAUGAGAGAUCCACCGUUUGCAGAGCAAGCUUUGAACCUAAUUAAGACGAGAGGAUUGUUGAAUGCAAUGUCAGAGUUUGAAAAGACGAAGGCUUAUUCUGAAUGACUGGAAGGGUUGAGGGCCGAGCCUUAUUUGUCUCUUGCUUUUAGUUUUGCUGGGGUCGCUUUCAGGAUCCUUGUGGCUUGCCCGAGCCCGGUGCGGAUGCUGCAGCCCCCGCUCUCCUUGCCCGGCCUUGGGGUGGCGGUCCUGGGCGCCAGCAGACGAUCACGCCCCUUUGCUUUGCAAACGGAUUUUUCGCAGAAACGAGGAGCUUGUCUUGAGCCACCUCCAGCCUCAAUUACAAAUGAAGCCCGGUGUUGGGAAAGAGCUAUUUCCACAGCAUUCCCCAAACUGCUGACCCUGGGCUGGGAAAGGCGGGGGUGGGGGAGGGGUUACCGGGAAAACCCGGCACGGAGCGCGGCAGGCGGCACGCGGGAAUGGGAGCGGUCAGAUAAGGAGAGGGAAGCGAGCGCUGUCCUUCCCAUCCUGUAAACAAAAGGAUAACGCGGAGAACGCAGCCGUGUUGGUGUUACAGCCUUACAGCGGAGAGGGCUCAGCGCUGCUGCUGCGUGUGUUUGUCCAAGGACGGUUAUAGGCUUGCCUUAUUUUAAUAUUUAAUCUGCAUGUGUGUUUGUUUUUCCUCUUUCCUGUAAGCUUCUAAACGCAGAUCACAUGGAGGAAUGGUGCGGGGAGGCUCGUUGGGAUUGACCCUAUCUGUAGGAGGUGGGCUGUCUUCUCCAGCACCUCGCUUCCCUGAGAAGGGUGCCAGCCUGUAGGGUGCACUCAGAGGUACGGGAUGCAGGGAUGGAUGGAUGGAUGGAUGGAACCAGAGUAAGGCCAAGGUAGUAAGGAAGAACCUCACGCCACCAGCAUCCUCAGCCAACAGUGGGUUGGGUACCAAAAAUGGGGUGGGCAUCAGGUUAAUUGCACUUGUGGCCUCCCAACUGGGAAAGUCGCAGCAUGGGGAAGGCAAAAUACAUCAUAAAGGACUUAGUUGGUGUAAGUUUAAUCAAAUAAUAAACUUCUGCAAAUUUCCUAGUUUCCCUUCUGGUUUUCAUUGGAUUUCACACUGAACUUUGUUUAUGGAAGGUCUUCUGCCACUACUUGAAAAGGUCACCUAAAAGUUUGGUAAUGUAUUUGAGUUUCAAACAUGGUGAUUUGGGACACUACUAAGAAUUUAAUAUUUUACUGAGAAACAUAAUCUGUUUAAAGAAAACUGUAUUUUGCUCAUAGACAAGAUUAUUUCAACAGUAGUAAUUUUUGUAGGUUUGAGAAAGGCUAAUUCUGUAAAAAUUACUGAUUUGCACAAGGGAGAGAUUAUAUAAUCAGCCUUGUGUGUUUAGUUCACACUUCUUUCAAACUUUGUUUUUAACUACAUUAGAAAAGUGAGAACUUUUACUUCAAGAGUGGUUUCUAGUAAUUCUAAAAUGAUGGAGAACCCACUUUUGUUUAAUAUUUAGAACAGGAGACUCUGAAAUACAGAGUAUACAAACAAGCUCCUUGUAAUUACCUUCUCAGAAAAUUAAUAUUUUGAUUAGUGCAAAAUACAUGUAAAAAAUCAGUUUGAGUUCUUCCUUAAAGUCUAUAGCAGCAGUUUUCAUGUGGCUAAAUGUUUUAGGGGAAAUUAUUUAUAUAAUUUAAAGGUGGCUGGAUUUCACAUGUAGUGUGUUUCUCUGCUGUCAGUAACUUGCCUCUGCUUUAGGGAGUGCUUUGCUUUUGGAAAUCUCUGCCCAUAUUAUCCUGUCAUGGCAAGAGCAAGGAGUGCAUCCACAGCUGCUGUCGAAACAGAACAGUUAAAAGGUUGCUUGAAAUUAUUGCUUCAUUUAGUUUUACUGUGUUUUAAAAGUGUGCAGAUAUUUAGGAGUUGGGGAAACAAUUGCCUUCAUCUGAUAUGUAAAUAAAAUAAUACUGUUAUUGGUGGGUUAAAAUGUGUUGCUUGCUAAUAACAAGCCUUUGUUCUUAAAUUAUGACCGCUUUUUUGCUUAGAAACAUAUGGACUGUGUAUGGAUUUCAUUAUUUAUGGAGAUGUUUGCACUCAUUUUUCUCAUAAAGUGUGUAUUAUUUAUUCCAGUAUAUUUAUGACAGAUUACACACAACAAUGAUAUGACUUUUUAUGGUGGACCAUAGUUCUGAAGUCAAAGUUGAAGUCAAAUAGAAAUUUUGUUUAUGUCUCAAUGGAGUUAAGAUUUUACCCUUUGUGUGCAGUCCUGGAUUUAUUAAUUAAGAUUACCAUUAAAUUUACUGGGUGUAUAAUAGGGAAUUUUCCUUAAUCUAAAUCACCAGAUUGGGUUAUCUUUAAUUUUUUGUUUUCUUUUCCAUUCACAGAGUGCUCUGUAGUCCUAACUUGUAACUGUUUCUAGUAGUUGGUCUACUGGUUUUCUAAAAUUGAACAGAUGCUAUGUGUAAUAAUGCAAAAAACCUUGAGGGUUCUUUCCCUCCUGUGUCAGUUUCUUUUGCCUUGAUUUGUUUGGAGAAGCCAUCAGCUGUAAUGCAUCUACUUAAAAUCAUAAUAAGGUGAUUUUUUGGUGAUAGUGAUCCACCCCUUGCACUCUCCUUGUCAAUUAGCUUUUAGUUUUGUGAGGGUUUUAUGUUUGCACCUAAACAAUAAAAAAGCCUGUUUUAAGAAAUCUCUUCCUCUGUCUUUCUAAUGGCAUUUUAGAUUGUGGAAGACAUAAACUUUGUUUCCUUUUGCUUUGGGAUUACUUUACACAAUGAGUGAUAUUAUUAGGUUUUUUUUUUUACCUCCUCUUCAUAUGCCAACUGCCAAAAAGUUUUGGUUCUCAGAGCAGCAUGAGAAUGUUUGUCUCUUUAACAAAAUUAGUGCUCAUUUUAAAAUGACUUCUUUAAAGUAUUAAAAGAACUGUAUGCCAUGUUAGAAAUCUAUGCACUUUUAAAGUCUUUUUUGAAUAAAUCCAUUGUAGUAGUUUAUAUUACUGUUAAAUUCUGUAAGAACAUCAAACUAACAGCAGAAAGAACUGAGCUACUUUUAAUAACUUAUAUAGCUUGAGUUUUUAACUUGCACUUAGAAUUAAAAAUUUGAGGUUUUCUUUAGACCUCUCAAAAAUCAUUUACUAUCUUCAGAUGGCACUUUGCAGGUGACCUAACAAAAAUGGUUAUAUCUGAACCUAGCAGUGCCACUAAUGAAACACAAAAUAUAAACUGAAAUUAUCUGAAAUUAUUAACUAGGGUUAAAUGAAGCUUUUAAUUCCUUAAUUUUUGUUGAUUGUAUGGGUGUCAGCUUGUUACAAGCAGAUAGACUAUCGUGACAUCUAUUAGACUUUUUUUUGCUUUAGAUGAUGUUUAGCUAUACUGCUCAUAGAAAGAAUGCCAUGGUUACUUGGAGUCAUUUAAGAUAAAUUGUUAUAGACCAGAUUGAAUGGUGGGCUUGUUCUAAAAUGAACCAGUACAGUCAUUGCUCAAGGCAGAGGAAAUGCUUAGGUUGAUUAUUGCUUCUGAUUACUUGAUUUCUUUCAAGAUAGCUACAUAGACUGACGUUUGUUUGCAAGUAAGAAGAAGAAAGGAGUGUUUGAACAGGAAGAGUAUUAGGGCAUGUUUUAUAUGGUGGGGUUGGUUUGUCUUUUUUUUUUUGUCUGUUUGUUUUUUUGAAAGGAGAGACUAGCGUGGGUUUCUUAACACUUGAUUUGCUCUUAUUUCUAAAAUAGUGUUAAUUACACUGGAAUGCUGAAGUGGUUUAUAAGCUAAAACACAGCAAGCAUCCACUGAAAAAUUUAGCCAGUUACUGUAUGAAAACUAACUUCCCUACCUAUUCAGCAGUUAAAUGGCAGCAUAAUUACAUCCAGGUAUUUUCUGUCUAUAAGUUUUUCUCUGAAAGCACCAUUAAUAUAUUUCUUGUUAAAGUAAUAAACAUCUAAAAAAAAAGUUUAUAUCCGUGGUUUUUUUUUUCUUCUGAAUUUGUUGAAAUAUAGUAUACUUUUUAUACUGGUUGUCCAUAUGUUUUUUUUUUUCUUUUUGUCUGUGUUCAUUGUGUUAGUCAUGAUGUAGCAAAUUUUGUGGAAGUUUUAACAUUAAGUUGAUGCGCUAUGUGUAAUAGCAAUUUAAAGUGUAUAUAUGUGUAAUUAUGAGGGUUUCACAACUCUCUGGGUUUUUUUGUAGCUUCUUACAAUAUUUGCUUAGAAGUGAUCUGUGUAUGCAUGGAAAUUAGUAUUAUCCCUUGAUUUUUUAUAUACUUGAGAUGGUGUAGUGACCUCCAAAGUUCAGAUGUGUUUUCUUUGUGUCUGUUGUCUGGCAUGUAGUUAUUUUUAAAGUUUUGUGCGUAUGUGUGUAGGGGGUCAAGAGUGGCAGCUUUGAAAAGCCAAGUUCAGCUCAAUAGUCCCCUUAUUGUCGUUUGGUGAAAAUGCUGGCUCUCCUGCAGCUGAGUUCUCAAAGGAAAAUUUGUUUGUUUGUUUUGUUGUUUUGGUUUUUUGUUUUUUCACACUUCUGUUUAUGUCAACUGCCUUUAGCUAUCUAGCAUGUGGGCUUCUUGGAUUAGUCAGUCUGCCAGGGCUCUAGAGAACCAGCAGCAGCAAACAGAACCAGCAAAGGUGGCUGCUCCCAUUGUCUUUUAAAUGCCAGCUAUAAAGUAGAAUGCAUUUUACCCUGCAUCUCUGUCAGCUUUGGAGGAAGCCAGGAUUACUGGUUUGGAUUAUAUUUGCAGUUUCCACACUAAUACAGGGAGAAUGAAUCCCUCAGUUGCAGAGCUGUGUUUGUAGCUAGCGCAAGCUUUUAAGUCUUGGAAAUUACAAGCUUGAUGCAAACCACAGAAAAAUCAAUGCAAAGAUUGCUUACAUCUUUACAGAGGGUCACCUAAAAGUAUUUCUUGGUGUUUUAAAGUGCUAACAUGUCUAGUAACAUUUGAAGCUGGCUCAGAGACAGCAGUAGUUCAUAAUCUCUGUGUAGUCAGUUAAACAGUAAUGAGUAACUUUCCUGAAGAAUAGCUAAGUGCCUACUUAUUUCCAUGGAGUUAAGCUAUUGCUUGGUAGCUCAGGUGACAAAUUCGAUACUAAACUGGGACUGUUAAGGAAAGAUUUUCAAUUUGAUCAUGAGAAAUCCCUUUAGAAAUUAAUUUAAAAGACCAAGGACAAUAUUUGGAGUUCUGUUAUUAUUUUUGCUUUAAAAAAUACUUCAAAACAUUUAUCAAUUUUUGACCACCCCAAAUAUAUAGCUGUAUCAAAAAUAGUAAUUUUAAAAAAAAUCAAGUUCUUGCUCACAGGGUAAAUAUACUCUGGAAAGAAGCUUGUUACAAGUGAACAGUGGGGAGAUACUUUCCAAAAGAAACGUCUUUGAUGCUAGGGUGUUUUUUGUUGUUUUUUUUUUUUUUUGUUUUCAAUUCUAGAAUUGUCCAUCUCAGUUAAAUAAAAGUUACUUCAGAGUGUGUUCUUUGUCUCAGUAUAUCAAUCACAAAAAUAGUUUGGAAAAAGCAACCCGAGUCACAAGCCUAAGUCCCCACCUCUGAUGGUGACAUCUACACUGCAGAAGAGUAAUGUAAUAGCUUUAUUGCAUAGAUUAGGAAUGAUUCAGUGCUUUGUUUACAUUAUUUGUCAAUCUCUUCAGCAUCCUAGAGGAGAACACUUCCUUCCUGGCAGAUGGCAGCCCCAGGGCCAUGCACCUGCCAUUACAAGCACUACACAGUAGUAAUCUACCCCAGCAUUGCUGUUGACAAGAGGCUAAUGAUUGGAGACUGUCUGCCUGACAGCCUAAACAAAAUAGGAACAUAUUUGUCCUUCAGCGAGGGUCUGAGAGAUCUUAGGUAGGACAGUCAGAGUAGUCUGCUGAAAAAUCAUAAUGGGACUUAGUUCAGACCUCUUUGGUAGUGUUUGUAGUAUGAGCCACUUGUAAGAUAAUGAUGCUUCAAAAAGCAAAGGGCGUCUCAAAGAAGGGAUUUUCUGUUUCCCUGGCAGAAGGAUAGCUGUAUUAAUAGCUCAGUGUUGAUGGGAGGAAGGCUCGCGUGACUGCGCUGGCUGUGCCGCUGUUCUCUGCGGCCGCCUGCCCUCGCUGGGAGCAGCGGGUCAGAUGCACUUGCGCUGGCAAAUGGGGCCUUGAGCGCUGUUAGAAAGUCAGAAUGCCUCUUUAAUUGUUUGAGUGGUGUGUUUGGUGUUUGCAUAAUGCAUUCCCGUUUCAAUAAUUUGAUUUGUAAUUUUGUGUUUUCAUUAUGACAUUGGACCACAGUCUCUUAUUUUUUGUUCAUUUCUCUUACGCGUAUGUGUGCAUUUGCUUUUCUUCUUUGAAAUUAGUGUGGGCGAUGUUUCUAGGGGACACUACCCAAGGCAAGGGUAUCUUUGAACUAGGCCAGGAUGUUCUUUGCUAAAUUUAAAAACUACCCAAAUAUUACCCAGAGUUUGUAGGGUAUUAAGCAGGAUUACAUGACGCACGGAUUAGACAUUGUUGAGCAGCUUGUUUUUGUUUGAAGGGGUCAGAAAUUGAGGCACUGGGGCUCUAGUGUGAUGCCAAAAUAGCAAACUUGCUGAUAAUCACAAACAGCAGAAGUUUCUUAGAAACAGUAGAGCACUUCACAGAAUUUUCCAAUUUAUUUCCAAGUGAUGCUUUAGUAAAAUUUGUUUGAUACGUGCUGUGAUGAUGAAUGUAAGAUGAAAAACUCACUGCUCUGUUGAGUUUCAAUUUCCAAGUCUGUUUAACAGGUACUUUAAAGUAGACUAAGAGCACCACUGUAAAUGCAACUCGAGGCAGAGGACUUUGAUUCUCUUCAGUCAAAGACAAAUCAAUAAAUCAUUCCAGUAACAGUGGGAAAAUCAUGUCAAUGAAACAAGAUCUAAGCUGGUUUAGAUUUGUCUCUUACAUUGUGUCCUCUAAGGCAGUACAGUAUUUUAAAAAGUGUUUAUGACAGUCACAAUGUCUACCUCAUUAAAUUGAGUGGCAUUGUCAGGGUAAGGUAGAGAAUCAGAAUUAUGAAGACAUUUUUUCUGUUUUGGGUUAGGUUGGUUUGUUGGUAUUUCUUUUUUUUAUUGUUUGUGAUUUUUUUUUUGUUUGUUGAUUUGGUUUUGCUUUGAAUCUAGGCUUUUUCCCACUAGAAAUCACAAUAUUGAUAGAACAAGACAACAACAGUCUUUUGGGGCCAGGUUAGGCUUAACUCUUAUGUAGAAAGUGGAAGAAGGUGUUGAAUAAUUGCUUAAGAGCAAGAAAACAAAAAUGUUCUUGCUUUAGUUUGCCUUUACUGAUGGAGAUGAUUUAGGCUAUGGAAACUUGUAAUAACUGGCAAUGUAACAUUUUAGCAUUAUUUAAAAGAAUAAGAGUAGAAUUGACAAAUGGAUGCAAAACUUUUACAGCACCAAAUUGACUGCUUCAGAUACUCUGGUCUCUCUCAUGCUUGAAUUAACCAAAUUGACUGCUUCAGAUACUCUGGUCUCUCUCAUGCUUGAAUUACUGAGAAAUUAUGGAGUAAAUUUCUUAUGAAGUCUUUUUACUCAUUCCUCUGGUAGUGAUUUUUUAAAAAAGCUCCAGUGAGUUGUUUUUAGUUUACUUCAAAAGGUGAAUGAAAAUCAGGUGAUGUGUCUAAUCAAAAUUUUCACUUAUACCUAAAAAGACUUCUUGCGAUGGAAUAAUGAGAUUUGGAACUGGAAGGAGGAGGUAAAGUUCUUCUGAAAGUCAGUUGCACUCAGUUGUGUUGUAACAUCAUUUAUUUUUACAUCAUAAACAUUUGGUAAAGUUUAUAGGAGAGUGGACUUGCAUCUUUUACAACAGCUUUCAUUCCUGAGAAAUUAGUUCUGCCAAAAUUAAUGAAAUAUAACUAUAAUAUUACUUUAACAUAACAAAAAGUUACACUUUCAUUGUAACAAUCCUAUACAGAAAUAGUCAAGAUUUGUUGUGGUGUUUUCUGUGAAAAUUGUUUGUGAACUAUGAAAAGUUACUUAGUUUAAAAUUACUUUCAAUUGGUUAGUUUUAGUCUGGCAUAAAAUGUCAAACAUUUAUGCUUGGAGUCAGUCUUGUGUAACAAGACAAAGUUACAUAACUUUCUGAAUGUUGAAGUUACAGAAUUAGUGCUCAUGACUUCAUCAAUAGUUAUAGAAAAUUAACUAUGUGGAGGAACAUUAGAAAAAUAUAUAUAUAAUAUAUCUAUAUCUGACCCUGAUGCACAGAAUACUUGAAAGAAUUGGCCAUAAACUUUAAACUGUUAGUACUUACUGUUUUAAAAUCCAAAUAGUCUAGCAGUUGCUGUCACAAAUACCAGGGAGAUUCUUAAUAUGCUCUGAGUGCUAAGAUAAUAUUGCUUUCUUUUGGAUAUCUAUAGAAAGGUGACUUCUUAUUCAGUUCUGGUUUAAUCUUCAAAUGUCAAAUGAAAAUUCAGUAAAAAUGAGCUUUUAACUUUAAUCUUGAUUGAUGUAUUUUCAUAGCAAUGGUAGAUUGUGUGGAUUCUAAAUAAAUAUAUAAAUUGAUGAUACUUGGAUGUUGAAUGUAUAUCUGCUAUUAAAAAAAAAAAAUCAGAAUGUGAUAGUAGUGAAAUAUUGAUUUUUAGGAGAAGUCAGAUUCAGCCCUCAGGAAGGCAAUUGAUGGACGUUUAUUUUAGUACCUGUACACUUGACUGUGUGAGGAAGUUGAAGCAACAGCUUAGAUCUUGGAGCUUGAGUGAGCACCAUGGAACUGGUGUGCAUCUCUGGAAUGCAGAGAGCAGGACCGUGCUGUGAAUGAGCUGUGGAGAAUGUUUGGAUGCCAGGCUGCUGUUUGAUGGAGCUGUUGUGAGGGGUCAUUUAGAGAAUCUUCUGAGUCUGAAAUUAUUCCUUAAAUCUUGGGUCUGCUUCAUCAGUCACAAACAUGGCAGGCUUUAAUUGCCAUACUGGCCAUGUGCAUGCUAUGUUGUCACAUUAAGAGAAAAUGCUGCAAUAUUUUCUAUUCCUCUCACUCCUCAGUAGAUGUUAUAAUUUUUCUGUGUUCUCAUAAUUGGCUGUUGUCACUUUUACAGGGUGACAACAUUUCAACCAUACUUUUUUAAAAGCACAUACUGAGGGUUAUUUCCAUGAUACUUUGUGUCAUGUAGAUUUGGGCUGGUAUUCCACUUACUUUGCUUAACUAUUCUACUCUACUUUGCUAAAAAAGGGUAUUGAUUUAGUGCAGUUUAUGCUGUAUGCUUAAUAAAGCAUAGGAAGAACAGAAUUAAGGGUUUAUAAUAAAAAAAAAAAAAAAGAAGAGGUGCUGGGACUUCAGAAUAUAUUCAUAGGAAAUAGUGAGUUAUUUUGAGAAGUGAUGCACAGGAGACAUCUUUAACUCUCUGCCUCUACUGGAAUGAAGUGUGUGCAUCCUGUCUUUAGUUGGGUGUCUUAACCCCUUUAUCAGGCACUCAUUUUUGCCUGCCUUCUUGAGGGGUUUUCCAAUUUGUUUUCUGUGGGUUACCUGAGCAGCUGACACUUCACUCUACUCUGAAGACAAAGUUCUAUUAAGUUCUGCUGAAGAACAAAAGAAGUUUUUUAUUGAAUCUGUAUGUUAAUUUUUUUCAAUCUUCAUUUUAUUUUUUACCAUGUAAACCAACUGUUUUAUUGGGCUGUUAAGUGGCUUUAUCUUAUUCAUUAGUAUAGCUGCGUUGUGUUUGUGUAUACUUGACUAAGAUCUUAAUUUUGCUUCUGUAGUUAAACAUUUUGGUAUGUCUCAAAAUAUAUUAACUCAUUAUUUACAUCAGAUACACAUUAUUUUCUUACUCGAUGUAAGAAUUAGCUUUGUUUGUGCUUAAUACAUAAAAGCCUGUUGUCUCAUAUUUGAUAAUUGUAAAUCAAUUCAGGAGCAAGAGGAACUUGUGUGAAUUCUGUAAUUUAUUUUAGGAAAAAUGUUGAAAAUAAGUGGUAUGGGAUAUAGUAUACAGUGGCUAUGACUGUAGUGGUUGGAAUGAGCAGCCUUACUGUCUGUCUUUUAAGUUUGAAAUUCUGAUUCUUCAUUGAAUCACGUGCUGCUGGAGGUUUUUUCCUAGUAGGUGUAUUUUUCUUGGUGUAUAUGGUGAAAAUAUUCUUCAACUUCCCUGUUUCUGGAAUGUGGUAACUUUUAAUUUGGCAGAGAUUUCCAAGAUUUUUUUGUAGCAGUGGUGAGAUAUUAAUAGGGAAGCUCAGAACCAUUUCUCCUCUCUGUCGUGGAUUGUCUCAGGUCCUUUUUUUUGGCCAUUUGUAACCACAUAAUGUCUUUCUGGAAUAGUAAUAAUUAAUUGCUUCAAUUAAUUUUUCAAGGUAUUUUAGCUAAAAAUAGCUACUGGAGAUAAGGACCUCUAAUGCAGUCCACAGACUAUUUUGUACUGUAAUUUGAAAAGCUUUGAUACAGAGAAACCAGUCACUUACAGCCUGCUCAUUAUGGGUUUAUUUCAUAUGUCUUUUGUGGGCAUGGUUCCAUGAUUUUGUCCAAAGCUUAUUCCUGCUCUAUAGGAAUGUGUAUCUGUCAUCUCUUGUCUCAAAUAUAGAUUGAAUCUGAAUUUAUUUUUUUUUUUGGUGAUGAUUACUGGAGAGGCUGAGGUAUCAAAAGGAAAGACACUCAAAAUUGCUGUAUCUUUUAUUAGUGCCUCAAGUUGCUUGAUUUUUUCCAAUUUGUAAACAAGCGUCUUGUGUUUGCUGUAGAAAUGUUUUGGUAGGAUUGUUUAGCCCCGACGGGAUGGGAUUAUUUGCAAGCUGAGGGAGGAUAUUCCAGAGGAGGCAAUUUAUCUGUGCUUUUCUUAAUAGGUUUUGUGAAAUUCAGCUGUGCUGGGAUCCUGUUUUGGUCUGAUGGACAUGACUCUAAUUAAAAGAGAGAGGCUGUAGGUUAACCACAGGACAUGGGAAUCUUAAGGGACCUUCAAGUAUGUGUCAUGUGUGAAGCUGCUUAGUGUCCUCUGUGUUGCAGAUUGCAACUCAAGUGUCUCCAGCAUAUCCUAAGGGUCUGUGUUCCUGGUUUAGAUUUCUAGGUAUGUGGUGAUUCUUUUUCACCUAGCCAGUGCUGUUGUACUUUAUGCAGAACUGUAGUAAUAACUGUGUAAUCCCUACAUUUGCACCUUAGGAGCCUACCAAAAGACUCCUCUUCAAAGAAGGAUCUGUCUUCUGUAAGUAGUCAUUAAAAGGAUACAGGGGCCUUUUAAAUAUUGAAGAUGCUAGUCAAAGCCAGACUUGGAGAUGGCACAAAACCACCUCCCUUGACUAUAGGGGCAGCCUAUAUGCUUGGCAUAAAUAGAACAUCUAACUUCCAGAAAUCUGCAGCUUGUGAGAUCAGCUUUGCUGUGCAGAGUCUUAUUUUAUGCAGAAGGACUUGAAAUGAGACUGAUAUUUGUAUGUGGAUCAGCUGGCAUAGUUAUGUAUUCCUGCUUGACCUGGACUGUGCUUUAGUUAGUUGAUGAUAUAUUGUACUUGUUCAGUAAAUGUGAAAUUAAAAGGGAUUUGUGUUCUCUCUAGCUGUGCAGCUUCUGCACUGUUGUCUGAAAACUUUUCAAUAUAUUUCCUGGUCAAUCACAAUAUGUGACUUAUGCAACAGUAUCAGGGCCUUAGCACUUGCAGACAAACUUGGGCUUUAAAGGUGCAGAUGCCUUGGGGGAAGUACUGGUGUUCUGCAAAGCAUUUCUUCAUGGCAGUGCCUGCCAUCUUUCUGUUCUUCUAGAACAGCAUCAUAGCUUUAUAAAGUCUCAGCUACUGCAUUGUAUCCUACAGGAAUCCUACAGUUCCUUAAUAUGGUAUCUUGGGGUGUUCAUCAUACCUAGUUGAGAUGUCCUAAGUAGCUUUUAAAGAGUUGGAAUGCUGACAGUAGGAGAAAAUUCAUGCAGGUCUUGAUGUGUUGGAAAACCUCCCUGAAAUUUAGGGGAUUUCUCUGCUAAGCAUCUUGGGACUAAAGCCAAACUCUAAAGUAUUCCAUCUUAAGUGACAAAGGUGUGUUUUAUCUGUUUUAUAGAAGCAAUCCUGGCAACAUAAUACAAUUUCAGAAAAAGGAGAGUCAGUUCUGUAGUUGUGUGGUCAGACAUAUUGCUAUAAGUAAAAUGUAUUUCUAAAAAAUGCUGUAUUGGUACUGGUGAGCCUUUUUUAGAAAAUUAAAUGUAAUUGGUUGCUUAUAAAUAUAUUUGUUGGCAACAAAUAUGGGGAGCCAUAGAACAAAACAAAGACACUUGUGUAAGAGCACUUGGGAGAGGAGGAAAAAACUGGUGAAACAGUAGAGUACACCUCUGUUUCUGUAAAUAUUUACUGAGAACUCUUAUAAUUAUGGAAGAAAGUGCGUCUUGCACUAGUAAGAGGGAGCUAGUAAUGUUGAAAGUAAUUGACACUAAUUUUUUGGAUCUUUUUAAAGAAAUCCCUUUGAAGCUUUGAGAAAAGUGCUGUGAAAGCACAGUGUGCUCUGAGAGCAUAGUAUUUUUCAUACUUUAAUAGGUUGCACUUUUUUGGUUUUUUGCUUGUUUUUUCAUGAGGGAGGUAAUAUUUUCUACUGCACUCUCAUGGCUGAAAAAACAAAUGAAAUAAGUGCUGUUUUCUAAACUGAGAUCGAUUCCUUGUCUCACAGUCUUGGUCCUGAGGGUGGGUAAACUUGGUGCUUUGCAUUUAUCUUUAUGUUUCUUAAAAAAGCAAAGCUUUAGCAUCUGUUUGGUUUUGUAGAGCAAAUCAUUCUGGGCUUGCUUCACUUUCUUUGCAGUAAACUAUUAGAUGGGGAGGAUUCAGGGUGUAUCCAGUGGAGCUAGCAACAAUUGCAUUCAUUCAGUAUAAUCUGUCUUUCUUGCUUGAGAAAGAAAGUAAAAUAUGAGUAAGAAAGAGGACAUAAUUAUAUGCUUUCUGCUUUCACAAAUUACUUUAUGACCAGCAUCCAGUUUUGAAACUGGUGUUCUCAGAAGAUAAGUUUUAAGCACCUAAAUUAUUUUUCUGAACAGUUCACUAAGCUUUUUGCCUCUACUUUCCGACAGAGUAUUAGUUAGCCUCUGGGAGUGAUACGUAGAUGAUAUUUAUCAUGUCCAUGUAACAAAAAUACAUCUUUUCCUUUCAUGUCUUAAUACAAUACCAGCUUCUGUAUGCAAUAAAAUCUGUAUCAACUGCAGAAAGAAAUGCUAAUUCAUCUCUAGAUUAAAGUCAGAGUAAGAAGUUACAGAUCUCCCUGUUUGAAAAAUGCAACAUAAAAAUAUUUUUUAAUUUUUUCUAGCAUUUCUUAGCAAAGUAUGUGAUACAAAGGAGAAUAGAAGAAAAUUUUUGAAUAACAAAUCCACAAGUAUCAUUCUUUGAGACAUCAUUUUGGUUUGAGUACUGGGACUGUUGAAGGAAUAAUGAGAAAUGUCUGCUGGGGGAUUGGGUUAGAGUGGCUGUUUUUGAGGCAUCUUUGUGGUCUUCUGCAGAGUGAAAAGUAUUAAGGCUGAAAGAGAUGGAGGUGUUGAAAUCAAAAGGGAUGGGGCAUUCUGCUAAAUUUGUGAUUCUGGCUUUCAGAAAGUAUACACUGUGCCAAAGGCUGCUAGUCUACAAUACCAAGAAACUAAGAAGGGCUUGUCUCAUGGUCUUUAACAAGCUGGCUUAUCCUUAUAGAUAAAUCAUUUACAAGUAAAGAGAACUUUGGGCAGUAUCUCCAUUUGCAAAAUCCAUAUCUUGGAUUUUGUAUGCAGCUGCUUUUGACCCACUGUCAGAGAGAGGAAACUGAAUUAGGUAGCUAUAACCUGAUUAAGGACAGCACUUUAGUACUGUAUUGCUCACUUCACUAAAUGGUUUCAGGGAGUGGUGAUGUAUUUUCAUCAUGGAACAUGAUGAAACUUCUUGCUUAGCUUCAUCUUUUCCCCACUUCUCUGUUACUGACAGAUUCACAUUGACAAAGGUGAGAAAGCUGUAGGGAGAAGGUUGCCUUCCUGUGCAUGCCAGGUUGUUCCUCUCAUGCCUUCCCUGCUUCCUUUUUCUCUCACUUCUCUCCCUGUGUAUCUCUUGUGCAAGAUGAUGUACUUCUCUGGAUGUUUCUCCUAACCUGAAAGUCCAAAUUCUGCAAUAGCCAGGUAACAUUUAGUGUGUGACCAUCCAGUGUGUUUAGGUGGCAGGUGCAAUACUUUAGUGAAUGUAUGUCAUGCCAGUUGUUUUUUGUCUCCUUGGUAAGCUGUCUGAACAUCAGUUUACAAAACAGGAGGGUGGUGACUGUGAAAAUUGAGGAGAAACUUGUGUUUUAAAACAUGCUGCUCUCUGGAAGAUAAAUGUCUUCCUCUGGGAUGUCUUGUAAAUCUGAAGCCUCUUUUGAUACUAGAUGCCUAAGCCCAUUUGGCAGUGAUGGAGGCAGGGAUUAGUCUUUGAAAGAGUGCCUGGAUGUAGUGUUUCUGUUCUCCACAAUAUUUAUGAGACAAGAGUACUUACCCAGGACUGACCAGUGUCCAGCACCUUUCUGGCUGAAAAAAGAUCUCAAUCAUCUUUUCCCCCUCACCAGCUUAUGGCAUGUCUUAACCAUAUAUUGUUUCGUAGAGUUGUCUUGUUCUUUCUGACUGCAACUGUUUUCAUGGAAUACUUAGAUACCCACUGUAAAGGAAAGGGGACUGAAUUUGACUUCCCACAACGUACAUGAGUCUUUAUCCCUGUUUCUGUGAAUAUCAAAGUUUUUAAUGUAUUUCUUCAGUUUAACCAGUGGAAAAGAUUGUUUUUUAUCCCAAGUAGGAGAGGGAAAAAACAUACUUUUAAGCUCUUUGUGAACACUCUAAUGUUGUGUUUUCAGGCAUGUGUUUUCAGCCUAGUGGCUCAGGAGCAGUUCUUGAACUUAGGUGUUUGUCCAUUGUUACCUAGAAUGGCAGUCAAGCGCUCAUUUGUGGCUCUGAACCAGAAGUCCGGCUGUACUUUUUUCUUUUCCACCUCACUGUUACCUGCUGGAAAUAGGACAACUAACUUUGAUGGCAUUUCAUUUGGCAGUUGUGUGAGAAUAUCAAGCUCUGCUUCACAAGAGCUCUUCUUCCUUGUCAAAACUUAUUGACCUUGUUAAUGACUACUGAUAUAAAUUAGAAGAGGCUCAUAUGUGCCUUAGACAUCCCAGCUGACCAAACUUCCCUGCAAUUGUAAAGGUGUGUAAAAGGAUAUCAUCUCUGUUCCUAAAACGAAUACCAAAUUGUAUACUUCACAGAGUUUGAGAUCUUUCAGAACUCUUGUUCAUCAGAGCCCAAUAUAAAACAGGGCAGAAAAAUGGUUGCUUAAAAGUCACUGUUUCUUUCCCUCGACUCUAAGGAGUUGGAAUGGCUCGCUCCUCAUAAGGUGAGUAGGUCAGAAAUGCAGAGGUACACACAGGGUUUGGUAGAAUUUAGCUGAGUAUUGCCUAGUGUGUGGUUUUGGGGCAGGCAUGCUGAUUCAGUUGUUGUGUCUCUGGAGAUGGGGUUGGUAGGUAGCUCAGUGUGUUAGUCACUGAUCCCUUCCACCCUUACUCUUCAUCACUUGGAAGGUGAGCAUGUUGUUUUGCAAAAAUUCUGUCUCUUAAGAAACUUCGAGUCUCACUUUGUGUGCAAAGUGGUAUUGCUGGAGUUCCCACACUGCUGGCAGGCUCCACCUGGGAACAGCUGUGCUUUCUUUUUGCUGUAGUGAGCAGAGCUGUAAAUAAAUGCUAGCAGCCACACUGAGGCCAUGUGUGUGCUGUUGGGUCUUGAAUCUGCACUAGUAUGGGAAUAGUGUGAUGGUCAUAAGGUGGGAGGCAAUUUCACAUGUGUGACAAUGGUCAUCAACCAGGAGCAUGACUUCUUGUUCCAUGAUGGUUAAAUGCUGUGUGUGUUCUGUGCAGUGCCUCUGACUGUCUGACACAGACAAAUCUCUCCAGCGGCAAAUUUUCUAUGUAUCUUCCCCACCUGCUUCUGCCUAUGUGUUUCUGUCCUUUGUACAAACUCCCAGUGGAAGGGCAGAAGGACUAAACAUUUUUGUUUUCUAGCAUUUUGUUUACUCAGAGAAAGCUGCUUGAUUUCAUUUCAUGCAAUGCUUCUGAAUGGUUGUAUACCCAGCUUGCAAGAGAGAGGCUAAUUGAAAUGUUUCAGAGAGUACUAUGUUGAGGGGUUUCUGUCUAAUUUAUUUUAUCCUUAAGAAUGGGAUUAAAUGCCAUCUAUACAAAUUUGUUUAAUAGUACACAUUGGCUGUAGCUCUGAAAUUAAGAGAUAUAAUUGCAGCUGUAUUAAAUUAAUCCUGGGAAAAACAAGCAUGUCUGUUUUUUUAAUUUUAAAUUAGAAGUGCCUAUAUUUAUUAUAGUUGAUAUGGAAAAUGCAUUUCUGGACCAGCACUAUAAAUUCAUUAUAAUUACAUUUGUAAAUUUAAUCCUUUUAUUUUCCACAUAAUUACAUUUUAAUGUUUAGAUAUUAGUACUACAAAAUGUAUAAGAACCUUGACAAAAUUACACGAAACACAAAUGAUAUCAAAUUCUAAGUCAACUAAGCAUAGCCCACAUUCUCAUGUGUACUUCUACUACAGACUCAACUGCUUAAACUACAGCACAAGAUCAUAGGUAAAAUAAGUAUUUAUCAUGUAAAUGUAUCUCAUCAAAUGCAAAUAAUUUUGUUUCUUAGUACCUUUUGUUAAAAGUUAAUGCUCAUUAGAAAUUGUGGGGGAUUUGUUCAUGAUAGCAGAUGAACAUUGUAACCUCUUGACAGUAUGCUUGGGCAUAUAAACCCAAAAGGUAUUUGCAGGUACUGACAUGCAACAUCUUUUUCCAGAGAAUCUAGCAGGUUUUUUUCCCACUUUAAAAGUUAAUCUUUCACCUGGUUAUAUUAAUGCAGUUCAGAGUGACACUAUUCUAACCAUUUGACACAAGAGUUAAAAGUACUGUGAAGCUCAUUUUAAUAUAGAUUAGUGUGGAUGCAAAAUCCCUACUUCACCACACUAAAGAAAUUAAAUGAUUUUUUUUUAUCAUUAUUAUUUGUCAUGAAGAAUCUAUGCUGACCAGAUGCUUGCUUUUUUAAAUUCAUGAAACAAGAGGCAUAUCUGAACAACAUCAUGUAUUGUUUCUUAGUGGAAUAACAUAUCAUAAGAGCCUAGUUGCUUGGUGCAGGGUGUUUCCAAUUAUGAUCAACCAUGAAUUGUUUAAAAAAGAAAAAUCAUGUGGCUUUUUCAUUUCAUGGUUUAACUUGUUUUUCUCAUCAAAUGUGGAAACAUUUUAGUUGGGAUGGAUACUAUUUAUGAGCUUUGUAAACUUUUAGACCACACUACUUCAUGUUUUCCUGCAAAGUGUUGGUAAAGUAAAUGUCUUAAGCUGAUUGAAACCUAUUCCUCUGACAGUGUCUGUGCUCAGAUUUAUUUGGUAAGAGUAGUCCUGCUGAGUGGAGCAUAGGUUCUCUGGAAUUCCUUGUGGAAGGCAUAGCUCAGCACAUGAGUUAUUCUGUUAUCUUUAGCAAGGUUACCUAUGAUGUUCAGUAUUCAUUGUAUUGCUUAAUGAGAGUUGGAGCCAGGUCAGGAUUUGGUUCCUGACAUGUGCACUUCCCGUUAACAUCCUGGGCAGCAGUCAGGCUGCACCUGCAUUUGGAUGCUUGGCCAGCUUUGUGACCUUGUGACGCGUGUGCAUCCUGUGAUGCAGUAAGGAAGCCCUUGGUUCGGACUGCUCUGGUUGCUGUCAGUGCCUGCUCAGCAGGAGUUUAUCACCAUCAGGCCUGUGCUGUUCCUUCCCACCCCCAGCCCCACUCCCUGCUCCACUUGCUGGCAGACACAGACUGCUGUGGGUGCGGGGACAGUGCUGCCAAGGCUCUAACCUGUGUGGGUUCCUUUGGCCCAUGUCCUGCCAGGAGCUCAGCCACCAGUGCCCGGUGCUGGAGAAGGCUCGAGGGCUGGGAGGGCAGUGUAACCUGCUGGUGGAGGGUACAGUGGCCCUUGCUGGGUGGCCAGCAGCUUUGCCCAGGGUCAUACAUCUCCUCUGCGGUGUCUGUGUACCAAAGAUGCCUCUCUGUGAGUGGGAUUCAGUUCCUUGGGUUGUGCUGUCUAAUGGCCUGGCCUGAUGCCUGCAGAUGUACGUGUUGUUAACCUCCAGUUUGGUUUUAUCAAUGGGAUGGCUCUUCCAGGAAAAGUUAGUUAGCAGAAUCACAGCCUUAAUCGAUUUGGCACACAACAUGGGGAGGAGAAACAAAGGGGUAAAACCACUGAGGGAUUUGCCUGGAGUCAGGGUAGAAGCCUGCAGCAGAGCUGGGGGUUCUGUGUCCGAUGCCUGAUGUGCUCUGGCAGUCACAUUGCCAGUGGAAUAAAUUUACUGAUUAUGAAUAACCAGCAACGUGUUUUGCCACAAGCCACAUGAAUAACUCUUUAUGCCUGCAUGCUUAUUAGUGGAUCAGAAUUGUUUUUAGAAAUUAUUAAAAAAUUGUAUUUGCUGCUUACUGACUUUGAAAAUUAAUAAGCAGCGUAGACCUUCUUUAAUUGACUAACCACUGUAUUCUCUUCACAGUAUAUUUAGCAAGUCUAUGAGUGUUUGGUAGUUUCAUAGCAGUUUGUCUUUGUGUUCAUUCUCUGAUUUAUUCCCUGAGAAGUGCUGGUAGAAUCAGAUGACUUAAGUAGUUUUGGAAACUCGGCAACAAUUGUGGAUGCUUUUCGUAAUAAAGCCCAAAACCAAGAGGAAACCUCAGUAUUGACGCAGUGCUGGACUUGGUAUUUUGAUUAGUGCAUGCCCAUGGAGAAUGGAGCUACCAAAGAAUAUGUUCCUGUUCUGUAGGAAUUUUGACUUCCUGGGUAAAGGUGGUGUAUACUGCUGUGACUUUCUGUGUGAGUGGAAUGUUGACAUGAGGCUUGAAAUAAAUAUAAUCUACUAAUCACUGAGGUAAAAAUAAAAACGGUAUUGAUUUAUUUUUAUUUUUUUUUGUUUGUUUGAUUAGUUUUUGUUUUUGCUUUGGCAUGGUACUUGGAAAUUGAAAAUUUUUUCAGCUUCCUCUGAAGCUGACAUUGCUAUUACAUGGGUCAAGUGGUAACAGUAGUUAUUUUUCCUGUAUUGAUUCAAAGCUCAUUCAAAACAUGAUUCAACGCUUAUUGAACUCAGAGGAAAUAGUUUUGUUAUUGAAGACUAUGUUUGGGCUGUUUUUUUGAGUUAUAGGUCAUCAUUAUAGACUCAUUGGAUGAUGUGUUUAUUGCAUCAUGAAGUCUUAGGCUUGUGCCCACAACCACGUUAUCUGCCUACAAAACCAUGCAAACUAAGUAUGGAAGUGCUCUGAAGCAUCAGCCACUUCACCUCCUCCAGUUUAAUUCUGACUGCUAUACUGUAAGAAAAACAUCAGAUAUACUCAGUUGCUAAUAAACUUCCCUCAUAUCUGCACUAGACUGUCAUACUUCUGGAACCAUGCCUCUUUGCAUUUUCCACCAAUUUCUCUGUCUGAAGAUGAGGAUUUAAUUUUUUUUUAAUUUAUUUUAUUUUUAUUUUUUUAAAAUAUUUUAUUUGGCUUUCAUUUGCAUUCUCACUCUGGGGAAUGUAAAUUUAGUUGUCAUGUUGGUUUCCAUUUGAAGGAGGAAAGCAUUUACACAGAAUUAGUGUGUACCUUUGAACGCUCGCUUGUUUGACUGCGUGAUGCAUCUAUGCUGCUUCCCUGAACAAAAAUGGGAACAAAGUGGUUUAACUGUUUCUUCCUCAAAUGAAGGAUUGCUGCUCCCAUCUGAGAGCUGUCCAUCCUGCCCCAUGUUCAACCAUGCAGCCCUUUGGGAUGGUGUUGGCAGCUUUGGAGCUCCCCCCCAGAUGCAUCAUAAGCCGGUUCAAGUUCUUAUUUAAAACACCUGUCCAGAACAAACAAUAAAAACUCAUUUACUGAAGAUUGAAUGGAUAGAUUUGACUUAGUUUCUGAUCAGAAAAGUUGCAGCAAAUAAGUGGCAGUGAGUGGGGUCAAUGAGGCACUUUCCUUUUGGUCUUGCCAAACUAUUAAUUCAUCUCAAGAUGUAGCAUGAAAUAAAAUCCCAAGUAAUAUCCUAAGUAUUUGAUCAUAUAAUGGCUCCAGUAGGAUUAAUGCCUUAAGUAAACCUGAGCUGUCAGAGAUUCAAAGCAAUUUAGCAAGACUUAAAUAUAUGCCAAGAUGCAUCAGCCUUUGUUUUUGUGUAAACUAGAAGGAAAAGGCUUUGUGUUCUUUUAUCAGAGGCUUGUAUGGAUUGAAACUUGCACAGAUAUGCACUGGGCUUACUUUGAUAUCCAUGUUUUGUGUCUAAUUUAUUUUAGUUUUAUGGUUCCAAAGGAAUUAAAAUAGGAAUAGUGAUUUCUUGUAUCAAUACAGUCAAAGCUAUAGACUUUUCUAAGUAACAUUGUUCCCAAAAUGUUCCAAAUAACUUGUUUUUAGAGAAACUCAUGUAAUGCAUCAUCUAACUAAAAUUUUCAUUUAACUUGUAAAUUUGGGGACAACAUACAACAAAGGAAAUUGGUAUAAAUAUUAAAUUUUGAUUUUUAAUGGCCAUGUUAUCAAAUAAUUUUAAUGCUGUGAGUUAAUAAAUAAUAAUGUCCUUUUGUGGGGUAGGCACAUGUUAUCCAAUAAUUCUUUGCAGUGUAGAAACACUAAAGGAGUCAACUGCAGUCUUUAAAAUAGAAUGGGUCAUUGUAAUCAGUUUCUAUUUUGCUGCAUAAUUCACCUUGACUGUUUAAAGUAUCUUUGUAGUCAGUAAUUGGGAGAAGACUCCUUUUGCAUACCUACUCAUUUUUUUACUUCUGGAAUAGUAGUUGUUUAGUAAGUCAAAUAACUAAAUUACAAGAAGGUUCUUUCUAUACUUGGCUUAUGUUUUUAGUAGACUUCUUCCCUAAAUACAAGGUAACUUGUUUUUUCUCAAACUUGUUUUUAAUGUCUGGAAAUGGAAAGCUUUUUGAAAUAUCCAGCUGACAAAAAAAGAGUUAAGCUUUACCUACUUUCUCCAACGCCUUUUCCUUUCCAUUGAUGCAAGAAAAUGGUGAUGGUCUCAACUUGAGCGGGGGGGAUUUUCCAUCUGGUUUUCCAACCCAUUCUGUGUCGUGCAGUUUGCUGACCUGAAGAGCUUUAGCUGAAAGGUUCUGAAAAAAAGGAGUGGUGUUGGAUUGGGGAACGCUCCCUUUUAUUGCCUUUGCAAUACCUUCUGGUGUAUACAAAUAUAAAAGCAAUUAUUGAACAGCUGCUUUUUUUUCAACAUGAAAACCCAUUCUGAAUAAUCUCUCUGUGGUAUUUUUUGUGUUGUCUGUAUUAUAUAUAUGAAAAAUUCUUUUGCAGCUUUGAUUGACUUUCUUUCAUUUUUCUUUUCAGAGUGAAGGAAUUAGUUUUCUCGUCAUGACCUCAAACAACAGAGUACAACAUUCAAAGAAGCUGCUCGGCAUAUACCUUUUUGCUUAUUUGGUUUUGUUUUGGUUUUUUUUUUUGGUAACUGAAGCUGCUUAACGUUUACUUUUUAUUGUUGUUGUUUUUACUGUUGGUCCUAACAGUUGUUUAACUAUUGUGGGCUAAACUGUACAACAAAUCUGGGAGGAAGGGAAGGCAACCUGCCUAACUCAUUACCUGUCCAUGGCAUCUAUGUUAUCAUUUUGCUGCUGUUUUGACAGAAGUUGGAGAUGCUCUUUAAAUUGUAGGAACUGUUCUGCCGGCCUCUUUAACUAAUGGCCAAUGCCUUCAUUUUCUUUUUCUUCAAAGACAAACUGUAUUUAUUCUCUGGCAUAUUAGGGGAUUCUGUAACACCUGCUGAAGCAGCAAGAUCUGGUAUUUACUGGCAUAAUUUCAAGCCUACGACAGUACUACCUCAGUUCAAAGUAAAGCCGGAUUUGCAGCGUUGGUGUACGACAGGAACUCCUUUAUCUCUGUGCUGAGUUUCUCAAGAACGGUCGCCAGCCUUACUGAACUUGUAACUUGUACAGCUGCUGCUGCUGCUGGGUUUUGAAUCACUAGCUGCAGGGUUUACUUCUCAGACAAAGCCUGAGUAGGGCACUGAAAAGUCUAAAAUGGGAUGAAACUCUGUGAAUCAGACUUGGACAGAAGAUUCAGAGUAGUUAAAAAGUGUAAAAUGUGUAACUGAAGCAACAUAAGUUAAAAACAUCAAUCUGUAUUAGGGGUAUCUCUGUACCUUUGACACACUUGUUUAAUCCUCUCUAUGUAGGUGUUCAUGUAGGUACUUCAGAUUGCAAAAGCCUUUUCUUCUAUUUACAAGCUCACUUUUGUCAGCUAACUGUUCUUAGCUGCAUUUCUUGUAACCAAAAAUCCACAUAAGCAUGCUAGGAAUGCAGGGAUGAUAAUGGGUAUCGGGCAGAUUCAAGAGCUAAUGUUAACACAGUAUUAUCUUGCCAUCUAUAAAGUCCUGAUAUUUGCCUUUUACCAGGAAAGCACCAUUGUAGCUGCAGGCACUAUUACAGGGAAGAACCAUUGCAGUCACUUAUUCUGAGUUCUUUUCAAGGCUAACUGUGCAUCACGUUUCCAGUGGCCUGAAGAUCUGAGUAGUGUGGCAGCUACUGUCACAAAAGUCACAUACAACUGUUGCACCAGACUAGCAGAAUGUCAUGCCACCUUGCUUCUCCUUUGAUUGAAGUGUUUGUGUACAUUUUAAGGGUACCCCACCAGUGCCUGCUCUGAUAGACAUGCAAGUAUUACUAAGUUAUAAGUUAUGUGAAGCUUUCAUUUUCUUUCUUUUUUUUUUUCUUUUCUUUAAUCAUUGUGCUUGGUGGAACCCGUACUUCACUACUGACAAUGCAUUAUCUUCUUUUGGGAUUUUUUUUUUUCUUCUGAGGAAGACAAGAGUCAACAUCUUACAAAUACAAUGAACGGCAAUGCAGUCUUCCUGCUUACAUGCUGAAUUUUAGAACUGAGGAUUGUAUUACAAGACAAAGAUGAAUGUAAACUAAUUCCUUUCCUACUCCAUGGCACACUUUAUUUUUCAGUGUAAUUUUUGGGGUCUUAAAUCACAGCAAUGCAUAGGUUAAUACAAUAUUAGAUCUAAAAUCAAUUUAAAUAUCUGAUCUGAUUGAGUUUUUCUCUAAUACUAAUGCUAUAAAUGGUUCUAAGACAUUCUAAAAUGCUGCUUGUUAAAGUCUGGAACUAAAAAACAUGCAUACCUUUGACAUUUUCUGUCUGACCCCUCCCCACCCCCCACCAGCACUGAGUGUGGUACCUGCUGAAUUCAGUGUUUUGAACGCCUCUAUUUUCAAAUAUCCCUCUGUAUCAAUUAAGAAAUCAUGCCACUAAAACAAAUGGCUAAACUGCAUACAGCAACUUAAAAAAAAACCAACUUGGCAAAAUAAUAAAAUAUUCUCUAUCCUGUAUAUUUCACAAAGGCAUAUGCAAUACUUACAUUCUUAAUUUAGUUUACAGAAUGGAACCAAAAUGUAUAAAUGUUAUGUUUGCUAAAACUUCACAAUGUAUAUUGGGUCUUUGUACAUUUUGCCUGACUUACCUUAAAUUUAAAAUAUUUUUUGCUAUAUAACCUUAAUAGUUACUAAGCAGUGUUUUCUUUUUGGGUACGUAUUGUUUCUGGAUAUCAAGAUGUUAAAUAUAUUUCUUGCUAUUGUGAUAUGACAAGAGACUUAACUUAUCUUGCUGUGUCUUCCAAUGUACACGCUGUAUAUAAGGAUAAAUGUGAUGCUGCUGGAGACCAGAAUAAAUGGAACUAGAGUAGUGUAUUGUAUUUAGUCUGUAUUGAUCAUGGAUGCUCUCCUUAAUAGCCAUAUGCAAUAAAAUACGUUAUUUAUGAAAGGAG